AUGCUCACGUUCAAAAAGGCGCUCGUGCUAUCGCUCGCGUGUCUGACGCUGUUCUUCCUCUUCAAGUCGCACCACACGAGCGACAAGUCGCCCACGUUCAGAAACGCCCACGACCUGCCCAAGCCCAGCCCGUGGGUCAACCCCAAGGAAGCAGCCGCAAAGGCCGAAGCAGCCAAGAAGCAAGCCGACAAGACAGACAAGGUCUUCAACGCGCCCGAGCCGCCCGUCAAGAAGCCCAAGGAGCAGCUCAGCCUUGACGAGCUCAAGUCGCGCCCCCUCAAGCAGCAGCUUGAGUACCAGUUCCCCUACGACAUCGACGCAAAGUUCCCCGCCUACAUCUGGCAGACGUGGAAGUACACGCCCGCUCAGGGCGAGUUCAGCGACUCGUUCCGCGAGGCUGAGGCCAGCUGGUCCAUCCACCACCCCAACUUCGUCCACGAGGUCAUCACUGACAACGUCGCCGUCCACCUCAUCCGCCACCUCUACGCCUCAGUGCCCGACGUUCUCGAGGCCUACAACGCCCUGCCGCUCCCCGUCCUCAAGGCCGACUUCUUCCGCUACCUCAUUCUGCUCGCGCGUGGCGGUAUCUACUCGGACAUUGACACCUCGGCCCUCAAGAGCGCCGCCGACUGGGUCCCCUCGGACGUGCCCACCAACUCCUACGGCAUGGUCAUUGGCAUCGAGGCCGAUCCAGACCGUCCAGACUGGGCCCAGUGGUACUCGCGCCGCAUCCAGUUCUGCCAGUGGACCAUGCAGGCGAAGCCGGGCCACCCCAUCCUCGUCGAGGUCGUCGCCAACAUCACCUACGAGACGCUCAAGCGCAAGGCCGAGGGCAAGCUCACCAAGGACCACAGGGGCAUCAUCGAGUUCACCGGCCCUGCGCGCUGGACAGACUCCAUCUUCGGCUUCUUCAACGAUCCUGAUUACUUCGACAUGAGCUCCAGCAAAGGCAACAUCACCUGGGAACACUUCACCGGCAUGAAAGCUCCCAAGAAGGUGGGCGACGUCAUCGUCCUGCCCAUCACCAGCUUCAGCCCUGGCAUCAAGACGAUGGGUGCCGGCGAGGACGACGACCCAAUGGCGUUUGUAAAGCACGCUUUCGAAGGUAAGCGAUAG